UGCAGCGGGCACGUCCCGGGACUAUAUAAAAGAGCUGGCAUCCCUUCUCUCUCUACACGGAGAAAUUCAGGCUUCUCAGGAGAACUCGCUCUAAUCUAUUGAGGUAUACUUGUAUUUCCAUCAAAAUGCGGGCUCUGGUUGUGAUCCUUGCUCUGGCAGUAAUUACUGGCUGCCAUGCUCGUGUCCUGUUUCAGGCUGAUGCCACCCAACCCAGAUGGGAGGAGAUGGUGGACCAAUUCUGGCAGUAUGUGGCAGAACUCAACUCACAUGCUGAUGGUGUGGUGCAAAACAUCAAGAGCUCCCAGCUUAGCAGAGAGCUUGACACCCUGAUUAGUGACACGAUGGCUGAGCUGGGCUCCUACAGUGACAAUCUUCAAACCCAGAUAGCUCCAUAUGCCUCUGAUGCAACUGGUCAGCUGAGCAAGGAUCUCCAGCUCUUGACUACCAAACUGGAGACUGACAUGACCAAUGCCAAGGAGCGCUCCACUCAGUACCUGCAAGAGCUGAAAACUAUGAUGGAGCAGAACGCUGAUGAUGUGAAGAACCGUGUGAACACCUACACUCGCAAACUGAAGAAGCGCUUGAACAAGGACACAGAGGAGAUCCGCAACACCGUGGCUACCUACUUGGAAGAGAUGCAGUCUCGUGCUUCCCAGAAUGCUGAUGCCGUGAAGGAGCGCUUAGAGCCCUACCUAAGCCAGGUCCAAGAGGGUGCCAACCAAAAAUUGGGCACCAUUUCUGAUUUGGUGAAGACCCAGGCACAGGAGGUAAGCGAGCAGCUGGAAGUUCAGGCUGGUGCACUGAAAGAGAAGCUGGAGCAGACCGCUGAGUCCCUGCGUACCUCACUAGAGGGACGCAUGGAGGAGUUGACAAGCCUCCUCACCCCAUACUCUGAAAAGAUCCGUGAGCAGCUGCAGGUCGUCAUGGACAAGAUCAAGGAGGCCUCAGCAGCUCUUCCCAGUCAAGCUUAAGAACUCUGUACACUGUACAGUUAGAACAAUCUACCGUUAACACCAAACAUAAAAAGUAGCAAAGAUAGAAUGGAAGGUUUCUUUACUGAAAUUUUUUCAUUUAAUGGGAGUGUUAAGAGCUGGACCUGAAUUGGUAGUGCUGUCCAAUAUUGGACAAAAUAAUAACUGUACUCAACAUGUUCAUUUACUCUGUAUUAACCUACUGUCUGAGGAUAUCCUUAUAUUAAAUGUCUUUCGUUAGGAUACAGUUGAGCAAUUUUAUGAAUCAACUGUCUUGGAAGUUAUUAAAGAGGUAAUGUUUCCUAGUUAGUGGGGCGAACCUGACAUUAUUCAAAAUAACUGUAAACCAACAACAAAAAGUUUUUAACUGCUGAACUCUCAGAAGAUGAGCUUUGUUAGCCACAACUCAAAUAAAUGCUUGUUUACUUUUUGUGUGUGAA